UGUUUAAUUUUCCAAAAUUAUACUAUUCUUAAAAGUAUUAUCUAAUAUAUGUAUUAUUAAUAGUAUUACAUUCCAUUAUUUCAAUUUUAACAUUUGACUAGUUUAAAUAAUUUUUAUAUAAAUAAUUAUAGUAAUUUUAAUUAAAAAUGUUGUCGAUAAACAAAAGGUCAUCGAUCAAAUCUAAAAUAUUUACAAAUGUAAGGACUGUUCUACGAAAGAAAAAUUUCUCCAAAAUACUCACAGGAUUUGCACAAAGAUAUUAUAGUGAUGAUUAUCAAUUUAUACAACAAAGUGUUAUACCAACUAUGCAUUUUCAACGUUCACUGCCUAGACUUCCAAUUCCAGAAUUAAAUCUUACAUGUCAACGGUAUCUUCGAGCACAAAAACCCCUUCUAUCUGUAAAUGAUUAUUCAAAAACAAAAGCAAUUGUUGAUGAUUUUGAAAAAAAUGAGGGUCAAAAACUCCAGAGUAUGCUUAAAGAAAAAAAUAAUUUAAAUAAAAAUACUAGUUAUAUAACUGCUGAUUGGUCCAAUAUGUAUUUAUCUGAUCGGACACCAUUGCCUAUUAAUUACAACCCAAUUUUAGUGUUCAAACAUGUUCAUCAAUCAUAUAAUAGUCAACUUUUACGUUCAACAAAUUUAUUAAUAUCAUCUCUAAGGUUUUUUAAAUCCCUACAAUCUAAUUUAUUAGAACCAGAAAUUUUUCAUCUUAAUCCAAAGAAAAGUGAUACAUCUCGAUUUAAAACAUUAAUGAAAUACAUUCCAGAAACUGUUAGUUGGUAUGGAGCAUAUUUGUUUAAUGCGUAUCCAUUAGAUAUGUCACAGUAUAGUUCACUUUUUAGAAGUACAAGAAUACCUAUGGUUAAUAAAGAUAUAUUACAUAAAAAUGAUUCAUCUAAACAUAUUGUAAUAAUGAGACGAGGACAUUUCUACAAAAUUGAUGUACUGGAUGAGAAAGGAAAUAUAUUGUCACCUGGUUUACUAUUAUCAAGACUACAAUAUAUUUUAAAUCAAAAUGUAUCCCCAUCAAACCAUCCUGUUGGUAUUCUUACAACAUCAGAACGCAAUAAUUGGGCUCAUUUAAGAAAUCAUCUUAUUAACUUAGGAAAUAAAGAAAUUUUAGAUACUAUUGAUGAUAGCUUAAUGAUGAUAGCUCUUGAUGAUGAAAAACUGAACUCUGAACCUAACUUAAUGACAAAACAAUAUUUACAUUCAAAUGGAACUAAUAGGUGGUUUGACAAAUCAUUUACUCUAAUAGUUUGUGGUGAUGGUACUGCUGGAUUAAACUUUGAACAUUCAUGGGGUGAUGGUGUAGCAGUUUUAAGAUAUUUCCAAGAUAUUUCUCAGGAUAGUGUUAAUUCUCCAAAAUGUCAUCCCGAUAAUGUAUCCAUUGAAAUUAACUCAGAUAAUUUGCAAGUUGUAAAAUUAGAAUUUACUUUGGACGAUAAAAUUAAAAGAAACAUUGAAAAAACUAUGAAUGAGUUUAAAAAUAUGUAUGAAUCUCUGGAUACAAACUAUUUUGAGUUUUUCGAUGUAGGUAGAAAUACUUGUAAAAAAUUUGGAAUUAGUGCCGAUUCUCUUAUGCAAUUAUGCUUUCAACUGGGGAAUUUUAAACUGCAUAAGAAACAUGUGGGAUCUUAUGAAUCGUGUAGUACUGCUGCAUUUAAACAUGGAAGAACGGAAACUAUACGACCAUGUACUAUUGAAACAGCGAAUUUCUGUGAAGCAAUAAGCAAUAAAAAUAAACCAUCAAAUGAUGAAUUGGUCAAUAUGAUAAAAAAAUGUUCAAUUGUGCACAGUCAACUUGUCAAAGAAGGUGCUAUGGGGCAGGGAUUUGAUCGUCAUCUUUUUGCUUUGAGAUUAUUAGCUGAGAAAAAUAAUUUGAAUAUACCUAAAUUAUUUACUGAUCCUGCACACAAACUGAUUAACUACAAUAUUAUAUCUACUUCUAGUCUUACUUCAAAUUAUAUUUGGCUUGGAGGAUUUGGACCAGUAGUUAAAAAUGGUUAUGGCAUUGGAUAUAAAAUACUUGAAGAGUAUACUGGUGCAAUAAUUACAAAUUACAACCAACACACAGAUGGAGAUAAAUUCAGAGAUGUGUUAACUAAAAGUCUGAAUCAAAUUCUUGAUGUAUUGAAGACUAACUAGAAUUUAUUUUUCAUUAUUGUGUAUCAAACAAUAUAAAUCAAAAAAAGACUUUUCA